AUGCCAUCACUUGCUUCGAGAAUAGUCGAGCUUUGCCUCCAGUGUCAUAGCGGAGAAAUGGAAGCCAGACAACUGCUACAGCUUUCUGCACACAUUAAUGAGCCUGCAAUUCUUAAUGAAGUCAACCUUGAUGAUCUUCUCGACGAUGAGCUAAUGACUGUAAUCCUCUGUGAAACUAUCGCGGUUGAGAACCGUGUCACCUUCUUGGCAGCUGUGCUCGAGCGAAGGCCACAGAUCUCAGUAACCUCUGAUAUGUUAUUGAAGUUGGCUAGAAAUUGUGAUCAGCACUUCUUCACAACUGUAAUCCUCUGUCAAUGUAUGGGCUACUCGUCCUUCCCAGAUGAAUUGGAUGACAAGUUUAUAAGCGGCUUGAAUCGUUUGCUGAAGCGGCUGUCAUUUGGAAUUGACGAGCUGAUACCAGUUACUGCUCUGAGCGUGGACUUUAUGCAUAACCGAGACCCAGCGGAUUCAAUCAGAGUGCUUGCGAACAAAGUGUAUAAUAAAAUGGAUAUGAGAGCUCCGAAUCAACCAAACUAA